CUAUGAUUCUAUUUUUAAUUAUUUAAACAUAGUUACCCGGUGUAAACGGUGUUUCUUACGUCAAUUGCCACGCACAGUUGAAGCCGGCGUUACAUUGUAGAUUUCGCUGUAUUUAAUUCAAAAAAUGUCAAAACAAAACAAAAAGGAAAAAGCUUCCAGCGUGAAAAACAACCUGUUCAAAGGAUGUAAUUGUAAGCGGACGAAGUGUCAAAAAAAUUUCUGCGAAUGCUACAAGAAUUCAAAACUGUGUACAGAAUUUUGCAAAUGCAUCGAUUGCCAAAAUUGUCCAAGUUGUAACGCAGAAGAAGAAAUUCCAUUACUGGAAGUGGUGAAAGAAGAAACGUUUGAGCUGCAAGACGAACAAGUACAAGUGGCUGAAGAGGGUUACAUUAUCCAAAAUGAAAUGCCAAUCAGUUGCUAUGCUAUAGCACCGAAGAAGAAGCGCUUGAAUGUGCUAACAGGUGAUAUCAUCGAAUCGACCAUGGAAUGUGUCAUUUCACAGGCAGAGGAAUGCCAAACGAACAAUGUAAAUACCAAAACAGCUGAGCUAUUGAUCUUGGAGGAGUUUGGUCGGUGUCUGGACGAAGUCCGGCGUUUGACAAAUAUGCAACAUUUCCUUGGUUGACUUCCUGUUUGUUUGCGUUUGUCGCGCCUUCUUUCAAUUUUAAUGCAGUUCGUUUGUAACAUUUUGCGCGUAAUAAAAAUUUUAGCUUAGCUGUUUAGUCAUCUCAUUUUUUUUGUUUGUUCAGUAAUUGCUUAUUCCGUCAAGUACUUCAGCUAUCUGACUGAAAGGCGUGCUUGAUUGGAUAUAUUCGGUUUAAGCCAAAAAUUGCUUAUUAUUUAUAGGACGUUAACUAGCUUUGAAGCAAA